CACUUUCAUCAUCUUGAGUCCGAUGCCCCCAGCAGAAGAGAUUAUUCUCAUCCGAAUAGAGAUGGCAGAAAUCAGUUCUCCUGCAAAUAUCAAGGAAAAGAUCAAUGCAGUUCGAUCAAUUGUUCCUAACAAAAGCAAUAAUGAAAUAGUUCUGGUGUUGCAGCAAUUUGAUAACAAUGUAGACAAGGCAGUUCAAGCUUUUAUGGAUGGCAGUGCAGCUCAGGUACUAAAAGAAUGGAAUAUGACAGGGAAAAAGAAGAAUAAUAAAAGAAAAAGAAGCAAAUCUAAACAGCAUCAAGGCAAUAAAGAUAUGAAAGAGAAGAAUGAUAGAACUGAAAAGGUUUCCCUAGAGCCCCAAGAGAUAUAUAGCUGCCAUCUGAAUGGAUGCGACAAGGAUAACUCUUCCAAUGACUCUGCCAAUGAGAAAUCAGAAGUCGUUUCUCAUGAGAACAAAAGCUGUGGAUUCGAGGCGGUGGUGCAAGCACAUCCAGAACUCACAGACAAAAACCUGGAGCACAAGAGAAUAUCUGUAGAUUUAAACCUAAAGUCUGUAAGUGGAACAGAACAGCGAGAUACUUUUCAGUCAUCAGUUCAACCUCUGAGUAAUGUAGGCAGGCCGAAGUCAAAAACAUCCACAGUUAAAGCAUCCGUCCCUGCAGCCCAUCUUGAAACAAAGCCAGAUGAUUCAAUCAAGAAAAAAGGUCCAAACAUUGAAAAGUCCGUGAAAGAUUUGCAACGUUGCACUGUUUCUUUAACUAGAUACCGCAUGAUGAUCAAAGAGGAAGUGGAUAAUUCAGUGAAGAAAAUCAAAGCUGCCUUUGCUGAAUUACACAGCUGCAUCAUAGACAAAGAAGUGUCAUUAAUGGCAGAAGUUGAUAAAGUUAAAGAAGAAGCCAUGGAAAUCUUGACUGCUCGUCAGAAAAGAGCUGAGGAGCUAAAGAGACUGACAGACUUAGCUAGUCAGAUGGCGGAGACACAACUGGCUGAACUCAGGGCUGAAAUUAAGCACUUUGUGAGUGAACGCAAAUAUGAUGAAGAGCUGGGUAGGUCUGCCCGGUUCUCCUGCGACAUAGAACAGCUAAAAACCCAAAUUCAGCUCUGCGGAGAAAUUUCUCAUCCAAAGAACAACUACUCCUCAAGAACACCAUGCAGUUCUGUGCUGCUGUCAGUGACUUCGCAUGUGGCAUCUGGCAAGCAAAGUACACACUCCCGAAAAUCCUCUAGUCACAUCAAGAACUUUGAUAGUAAAACGGCCAGCACUAAAAUGCCAAAUCAUCUUAUUUCCAAUCCCACAGAAUCCUCUCCCCAAGUAACCCCAACAAAUAAACAGAAUGGGCCGUCUAGCCAGAGACGAAGAUUUAACUCACAGUAUCACGGCAUCCGGCUCAAUGGGUCUGUCAAGUCACAAGGUGCCAGUAACGAAACAGAUCAAAAUAAUAUAAAGAGCAGUUCCAGAUAUGAACACAGAAGACAACAGCAGAAUAGUUUCAGACCUAAAAAUAAAGGAGCUAUGAAAAAUCAAGACCAGUCCACAGCUACAAGGACCACAGAGAAUCUCACAAAUACAGAAAAAAACCAAAGAAAGCAUCGUACACCAGCCAGCACCGAGCCCAGACCAUUCCGCAGCAGUGUUGCUAGGGGAUCUCAGUGCAAUUUAUGCCCUGCAAGAAUAGAGGCCUCUGCUGAUGCCACUGUUCUUUCAGUGCCAGCUGUGACUUUGGUGGCUUAA